AUUUGUAUGGGAAAUUACAAAUCCAGACCUCAACUUUCCUGUGCGGAUGAACUUAAAAAACGUAUAAGUGAAGGAUAUGCAAUUGUACGUUCUAAACUAAAUGAUGAUAUUAAACCUAAAUUUGAUGCUCACACAACACUUUACUUCAAUUGCGGCACAUCAGAAGAAUUUUCCUCACAGUUAGAUCAACUAGAAUGUGUUGCGGAUGAGAAAAUAGGUGUAAAUGAAUUAUCUCUUUUACAUUUAAUUUGUAUUGGGGCUUGUGAACAGUCAGAAAAAAUUCGUAUUCUUGUUGAGCGCUUUAAUAAUAAUAAUGAGAUAACAACAAACAAUUCAGUUAAUCAAAAAAUAAUUAAAAGAAGAAAAUCAUUUUUGGAACAACGAACAAAAAAUGGUUAUACUCCUCUACAUAUAGCUAUUUAUAAAGGAGAAAAAGAGGCUGCAAUUACUUUAUUAGCUUCUGGGGCUGAUCCAAAUGGUGUCCAACCAUCAGGGGUUCCUCCACCUUUGCAUUUGGCUGCAAUGACUGGAAAUGCGGAGUUAAUUGAAAUCCUCGUUUCCCACGGUGCUGACCUAAAGGCUUAUGAUUUUGUUCGUUAUACAGCUUUACAUUGUGCUGCAUAUUUUGGGCAUGAAAUGGCUGUUAAAGAAUUAAUAGCUGCUGGAGCCGAUCCAAAUGCUUGUGGAAGUGUGCAUGAUAGACCAAUCCAUAUUUCGGCUGGAAAGGCAAAUCCCUGCAUAUUGAAGGCAUUCUUAGCUGUUGGAGCCGAUCCAACACUUGAAGACGAUGAAGGGAAUACUUCCCUCCAUUUUGCUGCCAAAACAGGCCAUAGUUCUUCAAUCGGUCUUUUAUUAUCAAAAGCAGGGGAAAAGGAAGAGAUUAAAAGACAAUUUGCUCUUAAAACAAAUAUUUACGGAGACACUGCUUUACAUUCUGCUUGUUAUAUGGGAAGAACAGAUGCAGCUAAACAAUUAUUAAAUACAAUUGGAAGUGAAGUUCUUAGCAUGGUAAAAUUAUUUGAAUUAAUUAAGAUGAAUUUUUUGAAGGAAAAUUUAUUUUCUGAAACGCCUUUAAUGGCUGCAUGCACAGCUGGAAGGUUUGAAUUAGUUUGUUUUCUAAUGCGACAACCAGAAGUGGACCCAAACCAUCAGGCACAAGACGGACAUACUGCUCUUCAUAGUGCUUGUUAUCAUGGACAUAUACGUGUAGUUCAGUAUCUUCUCGACAAUGGUGCUGAUCAAUCACUAACAGCACGUGCUUCUGAUAAUUUACUUAUUGCAAAAUUUGGUAAUUCUGCUAUUCUUCCUUCAAUAAAUGGCUCUUUGUCGUCAAAGAUUUCUUCUCUUAUUCGUUCUGAUUCAACUCAUUCACAGGAUUUUAAGCCUUUAUUAGACAUUCAAAAAGAUAAUGAUAAAUUUGUUGAUGGACAAUUCCAACCACAAACACCCAUAUUAUGGGCAUAUGAAAAAGGACAUGAUCAGGUUGUUCACAUGCUUAAAGUAUAUGCAAAUAAAAGGCCAGAUUCUGAUGCUUGUUCUGAAUACAGUUCUGGCAGUAGUUCUUAUACUCCUUUACCUAGCCCCCUUGGAAGACUUCGAUCAAUGACAAAAGAAAAAGCAGAAAUUUUGCAAUUAAGAGCUGAAUUACGUUCUACCCACCAUCUUUCUUUAUUAAAUAUUGACCUGAAAGAACCUAUAGGAAAUGGUUCUUUUGGUAAAGUUUAUAGAGGUAUUUAUAGAGGAAAAUGUGUAGCUGUUAAACGUUAUAAAGUUGUUGCUUUUGGAGCAAAAACUGAAGUUGAUAUGUUUUGUAGAGAAGUUAGUAUUGUUUCUCAUUUAAAACAUCCAAAUGUAGUGGCAUUUGUUGGGGCUUGCAUGGAGGUUUCUUUUAGAUUUUUUAUUGAAAAUAAAUUCUUUUAUAGGAUCCAAGUAAUUUUUGAAAUGAAUUUACGUUUUGGUGUUGGAGUUGAUAUUGCUCGAGGAAUGCAUUAUUUACAUGAAUUAAUAGAAAAACCUGUCAUUCACAGGGAUUUGAAUUCUCAUAAUAUCCUUCUUCACAAUAAUGGACGAGCUGUGAACCUUCGUUGGAUGGCUCCAGAAGUUUUUACACAAAGUUGCCGUUAUGACCAUAAAGUAGAUGUGUUCAGCUUUGCUUUAGUUUUAUGGGAGAUUCACACAGCUGAAUUACCUUUUUCUCAUUUAAAACCGGCAGCUGCAGCAGCAGAGAUGGCAUACAAAAGAAAUCGCCCUCCUCUUCCAUCUGAACCUAAUGCUCAAUUUCCAAAGCACAUUAUUGAUAUACUCAAUCAAGCUUGGCAACCAGGCAUUCUCUUUUAAAUUAAGAAAAAAUAUAUUUUUUAAUUUCAGACCCAAUAGCACGUCCCGAAUUUUCACAAAUUUUGCCUGAGCUGGAAAGGUUAUUUUUUUAUUUUAAAUUUUACCCUUUCCUAGGCAUUUAAUUCUUGAUGAAAAUAUUAAUAAAUUUUGCAUUGGUCCUCCAUCAAUUGACCCUGAGUCAACAAUUUGUGAAGAAUCAGAAGAUAAUUUCGAUAUAGACGAGGAUUCACUUAUUUCUGAUGAUUCUAUUCGGGGAACGACUGUUUCUAAAUUAAAGGACCGUUGGGAACAAUUAUCAGAAGCUUCUCAAAAUCAAAGAAUUGGCCGAUCAAGAAUUGAUAAACUUUCACAACGUGUAGACCAAAAUGGUUAUGUUUCACAAGCAGCCCGGGCUAUUUUAUCGGCUAAAGAUGCUACACAAUUGCGAGAUAGUAUUGUUAUUGCUAGAUCUGCAAAUGUUGCACAAAGACAGAAUGCACUCAUUAGAAAGGCUGGGGCUGAUAAUGACGAGAAAUAUCAAAUUCCACCUCAAUCACCCGACUUAGUA